UGGUAGUCGCUCUUGCCAGGCCAACACAAAUGUAACAGCUAAAGGGUGUUUAAAUACACAUAGCUAGCAGCUUUAUCUUUUUUGUGAGUGAAGACAGUUUUCGUGGAUGGGUUAUUAUUUUCUUCACCAAUACAAAGCAACUGUAAUCUCCCAAAUGAUAAAAUGGUUAUGUUGUGAUUGACUUCGUCUGUGCACUUUGUUCACAUUCUUGUAUCGUAUGACAGUACAUAUACUUCAUAGAGUCAGCAGUUUUCCACUUUGCAGACCACACACCGGCAUCCUGUCUUCAAGUCAUGCAUGCUAAUCUCUAGAAUAUUCUUCCUAUUCACCCCCAGUGGAGCAUAGGGCCGCAACUACACCACGUCAUUGGAUCCGGUUUUGGACAUCCACCUCUCAGGUUUCUCGACAUAUAUAACAGACCUUCUUCAGACUGAGCUGUAACCAUUUUGUAUGACUGGUGUGUUUAUCAGGAGGAAAAUGUUCACAAGUGGGUGUCAAAUAAGCACACAUCUUCAGAACUAAUAACAAGAGUUUCCAUUAUAAAAGAGAAUCCAUGGUGCCAUGCACUUCACAAGGCAGGCUUCUGCAGAUUCUCUUGUCCAUGCUGAAGAUACCAAUGGCACAGCAUCCAGCUUCAGUAGAGUUUCAGGAGAUAGCCUUAGAUCUGAGGCAGCUGUAGGAUGUGUUCGUUGUCUAAAGGGAUUCAGUGUUAACACAGACCAAGCAUGCAGGUCAUAUCAUUUACAACUUUAGGCAAGUGUUAACAUAGUCACAACACUGACCAUGAAAAGUGAGGCCCAGGCAGAAGAUUCUGUUCUCCAAGGUGUGUUCAGAAUCAAGCAUGAGCGAGGCACAUGUGUGCAGAAUAAGCUAGGUCACACAGUGACACGGGACUCAGAAAGUACACAACGAUCAGAUGCCAUCCAUCCAGAAUGGUCAAGCCUUGCUUUGGUACAGAACGAGAGUGGCUCUGGUCAAGAACACCGUCCUGUAAAAACUGAAAAAGACGAACAGACUCGGCGAAAAAAAUGGAAACUUCUUGUGAAGCUGGAUUCAAGUUCACUCAGUGAUGCAUCUGCAAUUAAAACUGAACCACAUUAUUCACUCAGUGAAAAUAUUGAAUGCACUCCUGAGAUAACACAAGUAGAACAAGAAGGAAGUCUUGUUGCUAAGACUGAGAAAGAUAAUUGGCAGCAUCUAAGGGUGAAAUCUGAGCCAAAAGAUGAGGAUGAUGGUCCUUUAAUAAAAACAGAGCAAGAUGUAGCAGACAGUGAUGAGAUGGAAUUGCCAGUUUUCUUUAUGGACAAGCGAGAAAGGCGGUCUAGUCAUGAAAAUAGUACUUCAGUAAAAGCAGAACAAAAAAGACAUAGCAAGGAUAGGGAUACAUCCAGCAUGAAGCCUGAAACCCAGUUGCAGCCAGAGGAUGAGCAGCAAUCAUUACAGGAUGUAUCAAGCAGUUGUACAAGAGAUGAUAUAUCCUCCUCUGCUUGUACAUCAUCACAUAUUUCGCAGGCAUCAGGAAGUCCAACCAAAAGUGUAGAGGGUGAAGUGACAAAUGUUGAAAGUGAAGGUGAAACAACAAAACAACCAAUCCACAAUAAUGCUAAACGCCAUCAGUGCAGUGAGUGUAAAGCUGCCUUUAGAUAUAUGUCUUAUCUUAAGAAACACAUGCUGAAGCACAGUGAUGCAAAGCCUCAUGAAUGCAGUGUGUGUAAGGCAACUUUCAAACGCUCUUCUUAUUUGAAAGAGCAUCUUCUGAUCCACAGUAGUGUUAAACCUCACCAGUGCAAAGUGUGUGAAUCUACUUUCAGGUCCUCAUCUAAUUUGAAACAGCACAUGCUUAUGCACACUGAUGAUAAGCCUCAUUCGUGCAGUGUGUGUAAAGCUGGUUUUAAAUAUUCCUCUACUUUAAAAAGGCACAUGCUGAGUCACAGUGAUGUUAAACCCUUUGCAUGCACUGUAUGUGAAGCAUCGUUCAGACGCUCAUCAACAUUGAAGAACCACAUGCUAAUCCACUCUGAUGUUAAGCCUUAUCAGUGCACUGUGUGCGAGGCUUCGUUCAGGCAGUCCUUCCAUUUGACAAAGCACAUGUUAAGCCACAGUGACAAUAAACCACACCAGUGCAGCACAUGUGAUGCUGCUUUCAAACAUUCAGCCACUUUAAAAAAACACAUGCUCAUGCACAAUGAUGCUUAGUGUCCAUACAUGCGCAUUUAACUCUGUUGCCAGUUUGUAUGCAUACCAAGCAUGUUCAGGUAGAGAGAAAGUGUUUUGAGUGAGUGAUGGUUUCACACAGUUAAUGGAAGGUUUAGAUUAAAACCCCAGAUGGUGAUUGUUGCAGCUUAAAACCAUGCUGGUGUGCAUUCCUUUGUUUGGUCAUUUAGUACAUGGGGACCUGCAAGGCACUUUAGUCAGUGCACCCCCUACAGUUCACAAUCUUCAGAGCCAGUACUGGACAUUUGCCUGCAUACCCAGGUGCAUCACUUUGGUCUUUUGCAGACACCUAAUUAUCUUAUUUUGAAUAGUGUAUUUUUUGAUAGUAUUUGUUUUUUUAUUUCAUCAUUCGUAAUUCUAUAAUGUAGAUUUCUUGUAUUUUGUUUGUCCUUACUAUGUCUGUUAAGCAUUUCAAAUCAGCUUUUAAAAUAAAAGCUUUGUUUAGAGUUAUUUUAACAUUAAUGCUAAAAGUUUUUAUGUUAAAGUAGGUGGGUUGAGAGUUGUCACGAUUUCCAAAAUAUCUGAGUAUGCCUUAAGAGCUUGCUAAAUGUGAAUAAUUAACUUGACCUUACCUAUGUUAUUUGUCAGUCCUCAUUGGCCCGCACUCCCCGCUCAUCUCAGUCAUCACUUGUGCAGUCUUCAGUUGUGCUAGAGUUGUACAUCUUUUUGUGGUGUCUGUGCCAAGACAUGCAUCAUUAAGAAGCUUUUUUUUCCACAUUGUCUCAGACCCCCAACAUUACCUAACUAUAUGAUGAAUGUCUGUAUUUUGCCCCACCUCUUUCCAUCAACCUUUCCCCUGCAUUAUUUUUUUGUCUGCACAGCUAUAUUAUCAAACUAAGGAAUUCACAACAGUUGUGGGUGGUUUCUAUAAAUGCCAGUGAAUAUACUUGGUUCUCUUCAAUUGUGCAAAGCCCAACUUGCUUUAGCAAUACAUGCUGAGUUCAUGCCUUCCAGGUUUACAUUUCAUGCAUAGUUAAGUUUAACAUAAACGUUUUUGCAAGUUUGAGCACCUUGAAAGCAGCCGUUCAGAUCACACAUGCUAUGCAUGUUUUGAAGGUCUUUUAUCGAUGUUUGAAAAAAAAAAAGACUUUAACCUUUAAAAUAUGUAAAUUGUCCUUCUAGUCUAUUUCUGCAGGAUAUAAUCAUACAGGCAGUGAGAUGCCUAAGGAUCAUUGAAAUCUAAGUAAAGAGAGAUGUGGGCUACAUUUCAUGCAGCAAGCCUUAAUUUAGUGUUUGUACUAUGUGUAGUCAUUCAAAUGGGUGUCACUGUGAGAAGGUAAUGUUUUUCACUCUACCCCACAAUAAAAUAUACGAAAGGUUUGUCAGGUUUUGGUGUGACUAUUCCAAUAAUUUUAAAGCACCUUGUGAGCAUUCAUUUCACAUUCUGUAUACAAAUGAA